UAAAGUCUAAAUAUUUCCUAAGAGGGUUUCCUCGUAGUCAGUUGUUAUUCCCUGUUAAAGUGGCUUUUAGGCUAGUACAGAAGUGAUUUGAGUUUAUUUUGCUUUUUUUAUGUUGAUCUAUUGUGAUAGAAACAGAAUUUCUUUUAUUAAGUUCAAUUUACGCUAGAAUAGAACUACUGAAAAACAAAUUGGUCGUGAAUAACUACCUACCUGAACAGGUUUUCACAAAUUGUUUCUGCUGUGUCUGUUUGGGUUCAAAGAUUAUCUCUACGUCUUUGUUACAUAUGUGGAAUUGAGUUCAGUACAACAUUGAAUGUAAGACUAAAAUAUUAUAUAAUUUUCCGAAGAUUAGUGAUAAGAUACCUAUCAUGGCAAGGAAUAUUCUACAGUUAUCAAAAAAUCCCAGAAUCCUUCUGAGUACCCAUCGAAGCUAUUCGGAAGCAUCGGCCCAAUUUCCAAAAAUAACAACCCACUACACGGUCCAUCCUCGAGAUAAGGACUCCAGAUGGGCAGAAGUCGACAUGGAACGCUUCGUAGACGAAGCGGACUUGCUGAUUGUCGGUGGAGGACCAGCCGGUUUCUCAGCAGCCAUUCGUGCCAAAGAAAUAGCCGCCGAGAAGGGCCAAGAACUGCGAGUGUGUCUGGUUGAAAAAGCCUCCGAAGUGGGUGGACACAUUCUGUCGGGAGCCUGUUUGGAUCCGGUAGCCCUCAAUGAACUGAUACCGGACUGGAAAGAGAAGGACGCGCCACUCACUACGCCUGUAACACACGACAAAUUUUUCUGGCUAUCCAAGAGUGGAAAAUAUCCUAUUCCCAUCUUUCCGGGUUGGCCCAUGGAUAACCGGGGGAACUACGUGGUCCGAUUGGGACAUGUUGUUGCUUGGCUCGGUCAACAAGCUGAAGCCCUUGGGGUGGAGAUUUAUCCUGGCACUGCUGCAGCAGAAGUGCUCUUUCACGAAGACGGAUCGGUGAAAGGCAUUGCAACCGGUGAUGUUGGUAUAUCGAAAAGUGGUGCUCCCAAGGACACUUUUGCGCGCGGUAUGGAGUUGCACGCAAAAACAACAAUUUUUGCUGAAGGCUGCCGGGGUCAUUUAUCCAAACAGUUGAUGGCCAAGUUUGGCCUAAACGCGGAGAAUGAACCACAAACUUAUGGAAUCGGGUUGAAGGAGGUGUGGGAAAUUAAACCAGAACACCACAAACCCGGUCUUGUAGAGCACACCAUCGGAUGGCCGUUGGAUAAGAGCACGUACGGUGGAUCGUUUCUGUACCACUUAAACGAACCGACCCCGCUGAUUGCCGUUGGGCUAGUUGUUGGACUUGAUUACGCCAAUCCGUAUAUUAGCCCUUUCCAGGAGUUCCAACGUUUCAAAACCCAUCCUAAAGUGCGUGAUGUUUUUGAAGGCGGUAAUCGGAUUGCUUACGGUGCACGGGCGUUGAACGAAGGUGGUUACCAAAGUAUUCCCAAGCUUACUUUCCCCGGUGGUUGCCUGGUUGGUUGUGCAGCCGGUUUUAUGAAUGUUCCCCGCGUGAAAGGCAGUCACUAUGCCAUGAAGAGCGGAAUGCUUGCUGCUGAGAGUGCCUGCGAAGCCAUCCUUUCCGGCCAAACCCAGGAGAAGGUUGGACUAGAACCGAAAGAUUACCCAGAUAGGAUUAAGGAAUCUUAUAUCUGGAAAGAUUUGUACAAGGUCCGCAACGCGCGGCCUAGCUUCCACAAUGUCUUUGGACUGUAUGGAGGUGUAGCGUAUAGUGGAUUUACACUACUGCUGGGUGGACGUGAACCGUGGACACUCAGUCAUGGUGCGCCGGAUCACACCCGCCUGAAACCUGCCAAGGAAUUUAAGCCAAUCGAAUAUCCCAAACCGGAUGGCAAAAUAAGCUUCGAUCUGCUUUCUUCGGUGGCGCUUACCGGAACGAAUCACGAAGGCGAUCAGCCGGCCCAUCUCACCCUCAAGGAUGACACCGUACCGGUGAAAAAUAAUCUGGAAAUCUACGACGGUCCGGAAGCACGGUUUUGUCCUGCCGGUGUUUACGAAUUCGUGUCGAAUGAUGAAGGCGGUAAUAUGAAGCUGCAAAUAAACGCACAAAAUUGCAUCCACUGCAAAACCUGCGACAUCAAGGAUGUAACGCAAAACAUCAACUGGGUCGUUCCGGAGGGUGGCGGCGGUCCGGCCUACAAUGGCAUGUAAUAGGUCCGAUCUCCUGCAUUUAAAUGCGUGUUGUAUCUUUUUCUAGAUUAUAUAAAAUUGCAACCAAGAAAAGGUUUUUUUUCCAUGAAUUUAUCUGUACUAGCGUAACUUUUGAUUUAUACCAUCAAAGAGCCGCGGUUUAAAUACUGUAAAAUUUAUUUUUUUUUUCGUUUUUUUCUUCGUUUUAAAACAAAAUAACAAGAAAUGCAAAGGGAAUAAAACAGAUGUUUAUAGUUACAA